UAUGCCCAAACAAAUAGAAUUUGCAGACAGGUGAAUAUUCUGUGUGGUAUACGGUCAUUAUACCCCAAAAGAACGAUUUAUUUAAUGCUUUCAUAAUGAAGACCUGAUGGUGAAGCACAAGACAAGUGUCAUGAAAUCAAAUAAUACAUACCAGUGAUUAGACAACAAUCCACAGAGUGCUACCAUAAACCAACGAGAAUGCCAAGGCAUAAAACUAUAAAGCCUGUGUCUUGUCAAGAAAGGAAAAUGUACAGUGAUGAAAUACCAAGUCCAGAAACUGAAAAGCCGACUGAGAAAAAGCGUUUGAGGAAACUGUCAAUGGAAAAAAGAGAGAAAAUCAGGUCACUUCUUCAAGAUGGUACAUCUCGAAGACAGAUCUCCAGAAUCAUGAAUGUUGCAACCUCAGUUAUUUGUAGGUUUGCAACACGUCUAAAAGAAACAGGAGGAAUUGAAGACCGUCACAAGAUAGGGCGCCCGAAAAAAUAUCAUGAGCCUUCAGAACAUUGGACUAACAUAGGAGGUGACCGCAAAUAUCAGUGUGCACAUUGUCAAAAAACCUUUGCACAUUUUGUGCUGGUUCAAGAACAUAUUCGUGUGCAUACAGGUGAGAGGCCAUUUAAAUGUGACCAGUGUUUUAGAGGGUUUGCCAGAUCAAGCACACUAAAACGCCACCUUAUCUGUCAUUCCAAUGAGAGACUUUAUAUGUGCGACAUCUGUGCCAAGUGCUUCGCAGAAGCGUCGUCACUAAGGGUUCAUAUCCGAACCCACACUGGAGAAAGACCGUACCGAUGUCAGUUCUGCGACAGAGGAUGCACGACCUCAGGGAACCUCAAUGCCCACAUGAGGGUACACCGAGAUCAGAUCAGCAAACAGAGUGAGUUGUGUGUCAAAAUGGCUGAAAAGACCAUUAAUCGUAGCGGACUCAAUAGAGAGAAUGAGAAUCGAAUUGGAGACUCAGAGGAUGAAGAAAAUAUGACUCAUAUGAAUAUUUCUGAAAAUAUUGAAAAGGCAAUAAGACAGGAAGAGCGUGACAAAGAAGGUAAUGGCAUAUCAGAAGACAUUGUUGGCACGUGUGAAGAAAGAAGAGCUCGUGCAAGAGUAGAGUUUGAGAGAGAAAUGCAUCAUUGCGAACACAAGAUGGAAGAGACUUGUCCUGAGAACACCCAACAGGAGAGGUGUAUUGUAGAUGUGUACCAGGUUAAAGUAAAGCAGGAACCACAGGAUAUGACAGAGGAAUGUCAGUAGUUGAAGGGUCACAGACAUACAAGCAUCAUGGUGUUGUUAAAGGGUGAAGCAUACUUCAUGAUGUUUAAAGGUAAAACAUACUUCAUGUUGUUUAACAUGUUAAAGCAUAAAGCAUCAUGGUGUUGUUAAGGGGUGAAGCAUACUUAAUGGUGUUUAAGGGCAAAACAUACUUCAUGUUGUUUAACAUGUUAAGCGUAAAGCAUACUUGGUGUUGUUUAAGGGUGAAACAUGCUUCAUGUUGUUAAAGGGUAAAGUAUACUUCAUGUUGUUUAAGGGUAAAGCAUAUUUCAUAAUGUUAAAGUGUAAAGCAUACUUCAUGAUGUUAAAAGGUAAAGUAUGCUUAAUGUAGUUUAAGGGUAAACCAUACUUUGUUGUUUAAGGGUUAGCAUACUUCAUGUUGUUUAAGGGUAAAGCAUAUUUCAUAAUGUUAAAGAGUAAAGCAUACUUCAUGAUGUUUAAGGGUUAGCAUACUUCAUGUUGUUUAAGGGUAAAGCAUAUUUCAUAAUGUUAAAGAGUAAAGCAUAUCUCAUGAUGUUUAAGGGUUAGCAUACUUCAUGUUGUUUAAGGGUAAAGCAUAUUUCAUAAUGUUAAAGAGUAAAGCAUAUUUCAUAAUGUUAAAAGGUAAAGCAUACUUCAUGUUGUUAAAGGGUAAAGCAUACUUCAUGUUGUUUAAGGAUAAAACAUACUUCAUAAUGUAAAAGGAAAAGCAUACUUCAUGUUGUUAAAGGGUAAAGGGUACUUCAUGUUGUUUAAGGGUAAAGUAAACUUCAUGUUGAUAAGGGGUAAAGCAUACUUCAUGAUGUUAAGAGGUAAAGCAUACUUCAUGUUGUUAAAGGGUAAAGCAUACUUCAUGUUGUUUAAGGUUAAAGCAGUAUUCUCAGGCAUGAUAUAAAGCCAUGUUUACUGGAGAUAGGCUAAGUUAUUUGUUUCUUGUUCAAUGGAUUUUGUUUUCUCAACAAUAUUCCAGUCCUAUGAUUGUGGCAUGUAAAUAAUCCAGUCAAAACCAGACAAUUCAGUGAUCGAUGUUGUGAGCAUAAUGUCAUCAGUUGAGACUUGUGCUAGAAUAAACAAAUUUAUUCCUUUACAUGAUGAAUGAAAUAAAUUUCAGGCGGCGAGGGUCCCUUAGAUGCUUGAUUGGCAUUUUAGAAGAUGCAAUUUGUAUCAAAGAAUAAAAAGAAGAUACAAUCCUGAAAAUUCUUUACGUUUGCCAGCUCUCAUGUUUGUCAGGUUGCUCUGUUGACAUGCACUGUUGUUUUUUAUUUAUUGAUGAAGCAAACAUUGACAUGUUUUGAACCUACCAUUUGAUGGUGAAUUCCUGUGCUUCAAAUACUCAAUAACACCCAGAUAUUGGCGAACACAUGAAGUUUAUCUCCUAAAUAAACACAUUUUGUGCAUAAACAGUAGCAGCUUCAGUGGCAAAAAGAUUGUGAUGUCAUUUGAUUAUAAUGUAUGUUAACCAAUGAUGUCAUAAUAGUUGAAAAAGCAUUGUAUGCAGUUUUAUUGGAGGAGAUAUCACUUGAUCUGCUUCAUGACCUUAGACAGUAUUAUCAGUAUACUGUGUAUACAGUGUCCCACAUGGCAGGAUAAGGCGGGGAAUGAAACACCAACCUUUGUUAGGAUGAGAAAGGCUUUAAUCACUAGUCUAUAAGGGGCAGUGGGGUAGCCUAAUGGUUAAAGCAUUGGCUCGUCACUCCGAAGACCCGGGUUUGAAUCCCCA